AUGAAAAUUAACCUGGAGGUGCUCGUGGGGCUGUUUCCAGGAUAUGGUCAAACUAGCAUUAAUAACAUGGGAGGGACCCCGAACAGGACCUGGAGCAGAGGAGGGAGCGCCACACAGAGCCUGGGGAAGCGGGAGAGCCGUCGGGACUCCGAAGAAAGGUCCAGCCGAGUUGGCAGGGCGCUCGCAGGCUGCUCGGGAUCCCACAAAGAGGGAGCCGGCGCCGGCGGGGGCGCGCUCGUGGCGCACACCUUCCAGGGGAACCAACCCCGCAGCAAGUUCAGCAAUCACCGAGGAGUUGCAGAGCACCCAGGGGAGGUCCUCAUUAGUGCUCGUGUCACCAGGAAGGGAAUAACCUUUCAGCCGAUCGAUAACUUUGAGAGGACGAGCGGCGGCUGCUCCUCUUCCACUGGGGGCUCGGGAGCACCGGCGCAGCUGCGAGCCAGACCCCCGCCCCGCCGCCCCAGGCGCCGCGCUCCGGAGCGCCCGCCGACAGCCCCCCGAGGCGCCCCGAAGGGCAGCGCCUUGACCUCGGGACUGUCCCGUCGGAGGCCGUCCCCAGACACCACCCGAAGGCUCCAGGGCGGACUCCGCCUCGCUACCCGUCCGCUCGCCCCGACACGCACCUCUGAAACGCAGUCCGCCGGGACCGGCUACAGCUCGCGAGCGCGUGCUGGCGCGUCCCGGGGCCGCCGCCUCGCCGCCCGCCGCUGCCCGGGGCUGCCCAUCGGCCCGGACUCUGCCCGCGCCGGGCUCCGGCGGAGGCGGCCCGGACCCGCCGGCUGCGGCUGGAGCUGUCGGCCUGCGCUCAGGCGGGCGGCCGGGCGGCCGGGGCGGGGGCGCAGCGCUGCUCCUCCUCCUCCGUCCUCCUCCUCCCGCUCCGCCGGCUCCUCCCGGGCUCCGGGUCUGCCGCGCCGGCUAGCGACACAGUCGCCCGCCCGCCCGGCGGCGCCGCCCCCCGCCCGUCCGCGGCCUCCCAUUGGCCGCCGCCUGCAGGCCCCCUCGGCCCCGCCCCGCGAUUGGGCGCGGGCGCCGUCCGUCCCGCCGCCCCGCGGGGCUCCCGGCGCAGCCGAGCAACCCCCUGCGCAGUCGCGACCCCGCCCGGCCCUCCACGCUCCGGAGUUGGGAGAGACGCGCCUCCCCGGCGCUCCGGUCCCAGCUCCGCGAGAGCCUGAGUGUCGCCGGCCGGCGACACAGACAGCCGCGGGCGCUGUGCGGGCACCUGCUCCAGUACGCCGCAGGAUGGCCGCGGCCGGCGAUCGCCCCGACUACCGCCUCGCUGUUCCCGGGAAGACUGCAGGAGGGGCGAGCCCCUACUGUGUGCCGGCCCGGGAGGACCUAUGGACCAUCGAGGGGGUUCCUCUAGUUUGCAGGGCUCACUGCAUGGGCAUGCAAGCUGUGCAGCUGCCGAAGGCCGGUGCUUCGAAGAGCCCUGCCCUUACAUAG